ACCCUUCCCACCAACUCCAUCACCACUCUCUCUUUCCCCCUUAUCUCCAUCAGAUCCUCUUUUGUUCUCUAUCAUUCACAUUGCUUUCUCUCUCUGCUGCUCUCACCUCGACCUCUCUUCCUUUCCUUCCUCGCUCCACCAGCCAACCAUUUGAGAUCAUCCACCGCUUCGAAAGUGUGGGAGAAGAGGAGGGAGGCGCAGAUUAGAUUAGAGACUGAAGUUUUAGGCUUCGGUUUUUGUAUUUCCAAAUUGCCCCAAAGAUUUCAAGAUUUCAAAAACUGCCUUAAAAUAUUUCAACCCGUAUCGGAGGUGUGUCCAACCCAUUGACGGGUGUCCUGACCGUGUCCAAUCCGUGUCCGGGGCGUAUCGUCGGCUUGUCCAAGUGUCACUUCAGUGCUUAGAGCUGAUUGCUUGGAACACUUUCGAUCUGCGUUGAGCAGCCAAAUGGCCCGGGCUUCUGCUCCUGCAGUUUUUCCAUGGAAAUACCAUGUGUUUUUGAGUUUCAGAGGUGAAGACACCCGCCGGGGUUUUACAGAUCAUUUAUACAAACAGUUGGAGGCGCGAGGAAUCAGGACUUUCAGGGACGAACCAAAUCUUGAAAGAGGGACAUAUAUCAAUCCAGAGCUCCUGAAGGCAAUUGACCAAUCAAGGUCUGCAAUCAUAGUUCUUUCUACGAACUUUGCUUCUUCAAGUUGGUGUUUGCGAGAACUUACUCAUAUUGUUCGUUGCAUGAAAGAGAAAAAGAGAAAUUUUCCCAUUUUUUAUGGCGUGGAUCCUUCUGAUGUACGCCAUCAACGAGGGAGUUUUGGGGAGGCCUUUGCGGAACAUGAAGUAAAUUAUCGAGAACACAUGGAGGAGGUAAAUGAGUGGAGAAAGUCGUUAAAAAGGGUGGCUAAUCUCGCUGGGUGGAAUUCAAAGGAUUGUAGGUAUGAUACAGAGCUUAUCCAAGGAAUCGUCAAUACACUAUGGGAGGGAGUGCAUCCUACGUUGUCAAUGUUGGAUUCCUCAGAGAGGUUUGUCGGAAUCGAUUCUAAACGGAAGGAAAUAGAUUUGCUUUUAGAAACAGAUGCAAACGAUGUUCGCUUUAUAGGGAUAUGGGGGAUGGGUGGAGUGGGUAAGACAACCCUAGCUAGAUUAGUUUACGAGAGAAUUUCUCAUGAUUUUGAAGGUAGCAGCUUUCUUGCUAAUGUUAGAGAGGUGUGCUCUAAGGAUGGUAUAGUUCAUCUACAAAAGCAACUUCUUUCUGAAAUCUUAGGGGAAAAUAACAUACAAAUUUGGAAUGCUUAUAGUGGAAUCACUAGGAUGAGUAGGUGUUUAUGUAAUAAAAAGGUUCUUCUCAUACUCGACGAUGUGGAUCAAUUAGACCAACUGGAAAAGUUGGUCAAACAAAAAGAGUGGUUUGGUUUUGGGAGUAGAGUCAUUGUUACAACUAGAGAUGAACGUUUGUUAGUUGAACAUGGUAUAGAGAUGGUAUAUGAGGUUAAGCCAUUAACCCAAGAUGAAGCUCUUUUUCUCUUUAGUCGGAAAGCCUUUAAAGAUGAUGAGUUGGAAGAAGAUUUUUUAGAACUGUCUAAAUGUUUCAUCAAUUAUGCAAGUGGUCUUCCAUUAGCUCUUAAAACUUUAGGGUCUUUUUUGUACAAAAGAGGUCGAGAUGAAUGGAAGAGUGCACUAGAUAAACUGAAGCAAGCUCCUGAUAGGAAAAUUUUUGAAACAUUGAAAAUAAGUUAUGAUGGACUAGAAGAGUUUUAUAAGAGAAUCUUCCUUGACAUUGCAUGUUUCCAUAAGUCUUGUGAAAAGGAGCGAGUAAUUGAAGGACUAGAAAACUGUGGCUUUGUUGGCGCUCGCGUUGUGAUUGAAGUUCUUAUUGAGAAAUCUCUCUUGUAUAUUUCAUACGUGUGUAUUUCAUUCAAUUCUCUGUCUAUGCAUGAUUUGAUACAAGAAAUGGCAUGGGAGAUAGUUCGACAAGAGUCUUAUGAUGAGCCAGGUGGUCGUAGUCGGUUGUGGCUUCCUAAAGAUAUCUGGCAUGUGCAUGCAAAGAAUACGGGAUCAGAGGCAAUUGAAGGCAUAGUCUUACGGUUGAGUGAAUUUGAAGAGGCACACUGCAAUCCUGAAGCAUUCACUAAGAUGUGUAAGCUGAGGUUGCUCGACAUUCAUAAUGUGAGCCUUUCUAAGGGCCCCAAGCAUCUUCCGAAUGCUUUAAGAGUUCUCAAAUGGAGCUGGUAUCCCUCCAAAUGUCUACCACCAUUUUUUCAACCGGAUGAACUUACAGAACUUAGUCUGCGGCAUAGCAAAAUUGAUCACCUUUGGGAUGGAAUAAAGGGCUUGGGCAAGUUGAAGUCUAUCGAUCUUAGUUACUCCCACAACUUGACAAGGACCCCAGAUUUCACAAGUAUUCAAAAUCUCGAGAAGCUGGUUCUUGAAGGUUGUACAAAUUUAGCUAAGAUUCAUUGGUCCAUUGCGUUUCUCAGAAGGCUUAGAAUUUUAAAUCUUAAAGACUGUAAAAGUAUUAUGAUUCUCCCAAACAAGGUAGAAAUGGAAUCUCUUGAAGUAUUUGACAUUUCUGGCUGCUCAAAAGUGAAAAAGAUUCCAGAAUUUGUUGGAGAAAUGAAAAAUUUCCGGAGACUUUCUUUAAGCCGAACUGUUGUUCAGGAAAUCCCUUCCUCAGUUAUACGUAGCAGUUUGGAGGAGAUUGAUUUAAGUGGAACUGCCUUGAGAGAGAUGGAAUCCUCCCUUGUUUCAGUGAAAAAUUUGGUACUAUCAAAUUUUAUGGGAAGUAAUGCACCACCAGCUAGAUCAUGGCGUUCCUUCUUCACUUUUGGUGAAUUUCCAGCAAAGAUUUCUCACCCUGCGAGUGUGGUCUUAGCUUCGUUGAGAGAUUUAUGCUUUCUGAAGGAUUUAAAUUUGGAGAACUGCAAUCUUUGUGAAGGAGCAAUUCCCAAGGAUAUUGGUCUCUUGUCCUCUUUAGUAAGGCUAAAUCUUAGCGGAAACCAUUUGGUUAGCCUUCCUGCAAGCAUCAGUGGGCUUUCUAAGCUGCAUUAUUUAAAUCUUGAGAACUGCAGUCUUUGUGAAAGAGCAAUUCCCGAGGAUAUUGGUUUCUUGUCCUCUUUAGAAACACUAGAUCUUAGCAGUGGGCUUUCUAAGCUGCAGUAUUUAAAUCUUGAGAACUGCAGUCUUUGUGAAAGAGCAAUUCCCGAGGAUAUUGGUUUCUUGUCCUCUUUAGAAACACUAGAUCUUAGCGGAAACCAUUUUGUUAGCCUUCCUGCAAGCUUCAGUGGGCUUUCUAACCUGCGGAAUUUUUUCUUGUCAAAUUGCAAAAGGCUUCAACAACUGCCAGCCAUUGCAGAUGAUCGCAGAUUUAGACGUUAUUGGUGCAGUUUGGAAAAUUGCUUCAGUUUGGGUGGAAAUCAAAGUUGUAAUGCCAUAAUGUAUUCAAUGCUAAAGAGAUUCAAUCAGGAGCUCCCUUGGUCUUGGGAUAUAGUAAUUCCUGGAAGUGAAAUUCCUGAGUGGUUAAAUAACCAAAGCAUGGGAGAUUCGGUGAUUGAGAAGCAACCUUCGCACUCAAGCAAUAGCAAGGCAGUGGGGUUUGCUUUUUGCGUUCUAUUUGUAGGUUCUCAAAAUAUUUCAGCUCCCAAUCGUGGAGUAAAAUGGUCAAGACAUUAUAGGCAUGAAAUUACAUGUUUGAUCAAUUUUGGUUCAAACACCACCUUUCAAGACACUCCUGAGUGCCCUCUUCGCUGUAUUACCGAGGAAGUAGCAUCAGAUCACCUUUGGUUGAGCUUUCUAUCUAUGAAUUGCAUUGGUCGGCAUUCGAAGGGGAAAUGUUGGGAUCAGAUUCGGUUUCGUUGCAAAAGCGAGACAGGCUUGAAGGUGAAGAAGUGCGGAGUCUGUAGACUGUAUGAACAGAAGAAGAGCUCAACCGAACGAUGAAACAAUAUUCCAACAGAAGCAUUUCUUUGUGUGAGGAUAUUACCAAUUGUGAUUUUGAGGAAUGAAAAACUGUACAACGAGACGUGAUUAAGCGGAACAUGUUAGCAAUACAGUAAUGAAGCAGGACCCAGUGAAAGUGGAAGUUCCUCCAAAGGAGUCAAAGACCAAGUUGCACGAUUUUCUGUUGAUGCCUUGCACGUUAAAAAAUCAAGGGUCCAGAAAACCUUGACCCAUGCACUUGUACUCUUUGUAGGCCACAUUUCUGCAUUUUCAAAUUAUAUUAUUAACUCUCAAAACUAA